AUGUCGGCCACAGCACCAAAACCGGUCUUCUGGAAACCCGGCUCAGCACGUCCUGGUAGCUCGCUGGACCGAUCGUCCGAAUCCUCGUCGCUACUCGUCACCUCGUCGCCCUCUUCGCAUUCGUCUUCGCUGCCGAUCCACUCUGCGCGACUAUCUAUCUUAUACGCACUAGAAACCCACCAGAUCCUUAUCGUCGUCGCGGCCACCGGCUCCGGGAAAACCACCCAACUACCCCAGAUCCUUUAUCAUGCCGGCUACACAUCCACCUCUGGCAUUAUCGCCUGCACACAACCUCGUCGACUCUCAGCCAUCAGCAUCGCUUCACGUGUCUCGUCCGAACUCAACACACGCCUAGGCACCACGGUCGGCUAUACGAUCCGAUUCGAAGAUAACUCGUCUGCCGAAACUAGGAUCAAGUACAUGACAGCAGGUGCACUGCUUCGAGAGUGUAUACGAGACCCGCUUUUGACGAGGUACAGCGUGAUAAUCGUGGACGAAGCACAUGAGAGGCAAGUGCAGAGCGAUUUGUUGCUGGGCGUCUUGAAGAAAAUUUUGCGAAAGAGGCGUGAGUUGAGGGUGGUAGUGAGUAGUGCAACAAUCGAUGCGCUCGCUUUCAAGCGUUUUUUCGAGCAUGACAUUGGCGGAAGCGGUAGCGCUGGAGACGAACCGGAAGAAAAAGUGGCCGUGUUGCAGCUGGAUGGAGCCAGCACAUUUCCGGUCGAGAUAGCCUAUCUGAAGCAACCUUGCGAUGAUUGGAUGCUGGAAACGAUCGAAACAAUAUGGCGAAUCCACCUGGCCGAACCGCAAGGUGACAUCCUAGCCUUCGUCACGGCAAGACACGAGAUCGACUUGGCACUCCAACACCUUUCCGACCGACAACUCGAUCUGCCACCUUCGGCUCUCAAGAUGAAUUUACUUGCGCUGCACGCAGGGCUCUCCAUGGACGAACAAAACGCCAUCUUUGCACGCCCUCUGUCGCCUCACACGACGCGCAAAGUGGUGAUUGCGACCAACAUCGCCGAAGCUAGUAUCACACUCGACGGUAUCGUCUACGUCGUUGACUGUGGGCUUGUCAAGGUCCGGAGCGCGGGCUCGCAUGGGUCUUGUGUGGACUCUUUAUGGCUCGAACCGAUCAGUCGAGCGAGUGCGACGCAACGCGCCGGUCGAGCUGGUCGGACAGCCGCAGGCAAGUGUUUUAGACUGUACACUGAGGAGUACUUCCUCACGUCGAUGCGCGAAACGACGCUACCAGAGUUGUAUCGAGUCGAUCUUUCGGCGACUGUGCUGCUGUUGAAAUCGUUGGGGAUCGACGAUCUGGUCAAAUUCGACUGGCUGCCACCUGCGCCGCGCGUCACGUCGCUUGCAUCCGCUCUAUCCAGUCUGCACUCGUUAAGAGCUCUGGACGACCACGCUCGACUCACUAUAGUCGGAGCGUGGAUGGGCGAGCUACCUCUGGCUCCACAUCUAGCGCGUAUACUGAUCGCUUCUGCGCAGCCGGAAUUCGCAUGUGCUCAAGAAAUGCUCUCGAUCCUAGCCAUGCUGACUGUCACCGAUCCAUUCUUCGCACGCGAUUCUGUCGAGACGCAGCUGAGCGUGCGAAACUUUGCUGCACAAGAAGGCGACUUUCUCACGCUGCUCAACAUCCUCACUGGCUUCAUGCAGAACGGAAGCAGCAAGAAAUGGGCCACCAAAAACAGGCUAGCAUUCACCGUGUUACAUCGUGCACUCAACAUCCGAUCGCAACUGUCGCGCUUCCUCGUCCGUUUUUCCUCGCAUCCGCUCGGAAUCACGUUGAACCCUACGUCGUCCGUCUUAGACCACCCCACAGCACGAGAAUCCAUCACAAAAUGCCUCUGCACAGGCCUCUACGCAAACCUAGCAAGAUACAACGCUGCCACCAUGUCCUACACGUCCACCUCGGCACACCAACUACACGUCCACCCUUCCAGCGUCCUUUUCAACAGACAACCCCAACAGGGCAAGUUCUGGAUCAUCUUCUCUCACGCCGAACAACACCAUAGUGCACAGCAAGACAAAGUGUACAUAAGAGAUCUCGGCGUAUUGGACGAGCUCGAAUGGCUGACUGACAGCGUACCUGGUGCAUACACGGUCGAAACUAGAUGCGGUCGAGAUGCACAGACUCGCCUACCUACCAGCAACAAUCGAGAGUCCCCGUAG